GUACAAACCAAGUAGACGGAACGAGGUCUUUGUUAUUUGGCACUUAGCCUCUCUGGGGGCAGGGGGUCCCGCCAGCUUGUCUGCACUGGGCCGCAGGGGAGCUGCCCAAAGGGGUCAGGGCUGGGCCAGUCUCCGGUGUCCGAGAGCAGCCGGGGGACCAAAUACAGGAACCACCGAGGACAACGAUGCAACAACCUGCCCACGGGGAAGUUUCUUCAUGCCCGGCCGCUCCGCUCUCCCGGGGGAAGAAGGGGGCAGGGCAGGCGCCCGCGGAACUGCUCUUUCGGUGAGCCCCGCAGCACCUUCCUGAGCCUGGCACUUCGCUGGCCGGCUUGGGGCAGUCCCACACUCCCUCCGCCCUCUGAGCAGCCAAUGGGGACCAGGCCAGCCCCCGACACGCCUUGAUUUGGAGACACCCCUGUGCGAGUCGCAGCCCGAGCCUGGCCAUGGGGAAAUGGCAAGAAAUGACAAAGGAGGAGCUAGAGAAGCAGUAUGCCCCCAGCCGGUGGUCUCACCGCAUGGACAAGGAGGCUGUGAUAGAGGCCCAUGUCAGGGAGGUGACUGAAGGCACCAGGAGGGCCCAGGCCACCAUGCAGACCCUGCUUCAUGUCCCUUACGGGGGUAGUGAUGGGGAGAAACUGGACAUUUACUUACCCACAGAUCUCUCUGAAGCCUUCCCACUCGUCCUGUACAUCCACGGUGGAUACUGGCAGUUUUUAAGUAAGGAGGUGUCGGGCUUUAUAGCGCCCCCUCUGGUGACACAGGGCAUUGCGGUGGUGGCGGUUGGCUAUGAUCUGGCUCCGAAAGGCCACCUGGAUGCGAUGGUGGCGCAGGUGCGGCGCAGUGUGGCCUUCCUUGUGCAGCAGUAUUCAAAGAUCAGCGGAGUUUACCUGUGUGGACACUCAGCAGGGGCUCACCUGGCAGCCAUGGUGCUCUCAACUGACUGGGAGGAGUACGGAGUGACACCAGACAUAAAAGGAGCUUUUCUGGUGAGUGGAGUCUACGACCUUGAACCCAUCACGCACACCUCCGUGAACAACCUGCUCCAUAUGAGCCGGGAGGUCGCCCGGAGGAACAGCCCCAUCCUGUGUGUGACAGCUGCAAAGCCUGCCAGGAAGGCCUGUGAGGUGCUGAUCGCUGUGGCCCAACACGACUCGCCAGAAUUCCACAGACAAUCCCAAGAGUAUUUCCAGGUUCUGCUCCCAGCAGCCCCACCAUCUUUACCGUUUCACGCUCGCGUGUGUGCAUCCUCGGGCAUGCGAGGGGAAGUCAGCGGCAGGACCCCAGCCCAGCCUUGCGCUCAGCUGGCUGGAGAGUCUCUCUGCUGGACAUUGCUGACACAGAUCACUUUGACGUCAUUGAGAAGUUAUACCAGGGGGGCUAUAUCCUGACUCAGGUGAUUUUGAACAUGAUUUCAAGAGCAUGAUUUGAAAGUGAUGGUGGCAAAAUGGAGGCUGCAACCCACAGUCCCACUGACGAUGAGUCACUGCCUGGUCCCGUCUGACACUUCCUGUUCCUGGGGCAAGACUAGCACGUCCCUUGUGCAGCCCUGUUAAAAGUGCCCCGGCUGCUUGGGACAGACAUUUGCCUUUUCUGCCCCUCCCUGACUCUCCACUUCCAGUUCUGUGCAAUCCCUGGUGCUGGCUGGAACAGAGAAGGGCCAACUCUAGUGGGGCCUAUUAGAGUAUUCUCAAUGGGGCCAGUGGUUCUUGUGCCAGGUUUGCUGGGCACAUCACCCUUGUCACACGGGCUGACACCUGGCUGCAGCAUACUGGCCAGACAGUCCAGUGGGGAUCUCCCCGGCUGUCUGGCUCCACUGUGCAUUUGCCCCCUCACAAUUUCCCUGGAACUGGUUCUAGUGAAUAUUAAAUAAAAUCUGAACAUAAAUAACA